AAUGCUUUAAUACUAAGACUAACUCGUGGUGGUUGUGCAGCUCCAUAGGUUACACGUGAGACUCCCCCGGAGGCCGGAGGACUCAUGAGACACUCCGCCGCUCCUCACCGACUCGACUAUCCUGCGGCCAGUGAGUCCGUAGACACCCUCACCACCACCACUACUGGCUCCCAGCAUACAGUAUACGCGGAGGUAGUCGAGGUGGAGGAAUAUGAGUUGGGCUCCGACGUUGAGCCCGAGGCUCACCCGACCCUCAAGCUGACCUCGCGCCGCAGCACCCUCUCUGGACCGCGACGAAAAUCGCGUGAUGAGACGAAGAAAGAAAUACAAGCGGACGAUGAAGCCACUCUCAGAGAUCUUCUUAUUAGGUACACCCAAAUAACAAAAACAAAAACAAAACAAAACAAAACAAAAAAAAACAAAAAAAAAACUACAACAACCAACCAAAAUAACCAAAACAAAAAAUAA